CCGGUGUUCCUUUUCUGCACUGACUCGAAAUCCUUUCAGCCGGAAAGAAAAAGGCAAUGGCCUCGUAAAUGAAAGUGCACCGUCACAUGAUUCUGUGUGUGCACGGUGAGACUAAUCGACCCACGAGCAGCUGGCGAAACUGAUAAAUACGUCACACUCACCGUCAGUGACUGGGGCAGGAGGCCUCACUGAUGCACUUCACCUGUGCAGGUGUGAUUAGGUGGCAGAUAAAACAGCUGCUGAUGACUUAAGUGAAGCAGUCAGCGCCUACACUUCAGAGCUUUGGUUGGGGCUUGCUGGGGUUUUAGUGCCAAGCUCUGGUAGUGGUUGGGUUCCCGGUUAUAUUAUUUUGCUUGGAUACAUUCCAACAUGUGGAGGCUUGAAAACAUUUUGUUAUGGAGCUUGGUGGCUGCAGUACAUGUCUUGGGUCAAGCAAGGCCAAAUGCGAAGUCCGGUUCACAGUCAAGCACUGGUUUAAAGUCGACCUGUAUAGGUAAUCUAAUGAGGCUAUCGCUGGACAAGGCUCUCGCUGUGGGGAACCAGCUUGAGGUGGAAGCCAUCAAUGGCACGCAGAGCUUUGCUUUGUCACCCAGCCUGGCUGCUCAGUGUGGCUACAGCAUGGAGUCUGACCCGUGGGGUAACACCAGGAUCUACACGUCUCUAAUGGGCUGCUAUGUGGAUAACAAAGACGAUAUAACGUUCAACAUUGGCUUGAAGCUCCGCAUGUACAGCCAGGGUCGGUCGGACGUGCUCAGUUACGACGUGAGCGAGACAUGUAGCUACUCUCGGUGGGCCCCCAAAGAGAUUCUCUGUGACAGGAACUACAUGGAAGUGUCGACCUACUUGGCUACUGCCGGUUCACAAGUUGAAACUCAGAAUGUUAAAGAGGAGGAUCCCAAAGGCGGCGACAUUUCUGGUGCCUCUGGUGCAGAGCAUGGUAUCUGGAAGAUGACGUUUUUCACUCCUGAGCCAGUGCCAAUGGUGCUGAAGGAGGCUGAACAAGCUGGCUACAGUGCCAAGACCACCUCAACCCGUCUGGUUAUGCGAAGCCCUUACAAUACAGCCGAGACGUAUUCAGAGGAUGUGGCUGGAAUCCCCAUGGAAGUUUUCAGGGCGAGCGUUUACUACAAGACCCAGCAAGGUUUGAGUGUUGUGAACUUGGCAGCUGCUUGUCCCUCGGGUGGCGUCCUCUUUACCGAGGACAUAAUCUCUUGGCAUGUGCCACGUCGUCUGACCCCUUUGAUGGAUGCCAGAUUUAAAGUUGCAGAAAUGUACAUGGGCAUCAACGGGCAGAGGCUGGAUAAGACUCAGAUGGCUGCGAAGGGGUACACGCUGUCCACCACGGAGUUUCACAUUGUCGCUGAGAUCCCAGUGGGCUCACCCGAUGGUUACUACAAGAGCCAUGCCCCAGAUUACCAGUACCAUAUCACCUACACUGUGGAGCCCAUGCUUGUGGUAGUGUGGAAGGGAGAAAAUGCCCAAGAUGAUACCAGAUACAAGGUCUUGUUCCCCAUUACAACCCCCUUGAUGCCUCGACCUCCCCACGCCGAAGAUCUUACAGUUCCAGAGAGCCGACUGUUCAGUGUUCAGGUGGGAUCCUUCCUUCACGAUGUGCAGCUGAGGAACGUUACCUUCUCUACUGGUGUGCUCACUGUUGAGGAGAGCGCCGCUAGAGGCAUCUCUAUCCUGGAGCACAUUUUGCCUGACGGAAAGAAGUCCUUCUCCUUACAAGUUGACUAUGACUCCGAUGUCGUCCUGAAGCAUAAUCCUGAACCUUUGGUCACAGUCUACUCCCUACCGCUGAUCUUUGGGUUUGUCAUCCUGCCUGAGGAGAAUCCCUUUGCCCACCCUGUGGAUUUGCAGGCAUCUUUACAGGAUGCUGUGCUGCCUACGCUCACCGGUUCUUGCGACCAGAAUGGUUUUUAUCUCAGUGUCAAAUAUGGCACUCAAGGCCGCAACUUUCAGACCCUGGUUGGGAUUAGAGAGCUAACACCUGUGCUGGCUAACAACUACAACUACCAAGAAAACGGCACGCACUUCAGACUCGAAGUCCCAUACACUGCUGAGGACGUGGUAUUCGAGCGCAUCACCUCACAUUCUGUCAGAGCCAGAUUUGACCUGAUGUUGUGGGACCCCAAUAACCAGUGGGUUCUUGGUGACCUCUACCUGGCCUGCAACUUCCCCCUGACAACGACAAAGUGCCACCCCAAUGGAACGAUCACAGCCUUGGCUGUGAAGGUGGAAUCGGUGCCGAACCUUAUCCCGAGUCGGCUGACGUUAAAGGACCGAUCCUGCAAACCGGUUUUCAGCGAUGACCGCUUUGCUGAAUUUUCCUUCAGUGCUGAUUCUUGUGGUACAACUAGAACAUUCUUUGGCAAUUGGAUGCUGUAUGAAAAUGAGAUUGGACUUGACUAUAACGACAUUAAAGGAGCAAGCUACGCGUCGCCAGUUGAUCCAGAGUACAGGCAAAAGAUUUCCUGUUACUACAUGAUCAACAAGACGGAGAUGGUUGGAUUCAGUUAUAAACCAAGAAGCGUUGAGCCCAGUGCAGAGAUUGGAAGGGGGCAGUUAAUGGUGCAAAUGAAGCUAGCCUGGGACGAUUCAUACGGAUAUUUCUACCAAGCGGAAGAUUACCCAGUGGCGAAACAUCUGAGGCAGCCCCUGUACUUUGAGGUGGAGUUGAUGCAGUCCACAGACCGUAAUUUGGAGCUCAUCUUGGAGGACUGCUGGGCCACUCUCAAUGAAGACAGGACAUCUUUGCCCAGCUGGGACAUCAUUGUGGAUGGUUGUGAGAACCCAGACGACCGCUAUGAGACCGUCUUCCAUCCCGUUACAAGCGAUGCCAGAGUUCCAGUCCCAUCCCAUGUCAAACGCUUUUCUAUGAAGAUGUUCACCUUCACUAAAGACGACGAGGUUCUAAAAGAUGAGAUUUAUGUCCACUGUGAUGCAGUGAUUUGUGACAAAAACAGCCAGGCAGAUGGUUCCUGCAGAGGUCAGUGUGUGCACCCCACAGGCACGAGGAGCUCGGCACAUCAGGGAAUAAAGGGAGUGAGGAAGCAAAGAAGUACAGACCUGAUGCAACAAAAACGGCUCUCCUCUGGACCCAUUCUUCUAAGUCAAUAAAAACAGAUCAUAAGAG